ACAGCUCUCAAUGUCGCCCUUAAAUUGUUGGAUACUUGGAUGUUGCCUCGCCCUGCUAUUGAUACAAUGGAAGCGCAUGUCAUUAAAAGAUGAUAAUGAAUAUUUGAUGGAGACUCUGAACAAAUUCUUAGUUCCUCGAUGGCUUGGCUCCAUUGGCCACGAAGAUGUCAAUGAAUUUCUCGUGGAAGAGUUGACUCGUCUGGGCUUUGUCAUUAUUCGCGAUGACUUCUUCAACGUAUACGCAGCGACCAAUGUGAUCGGCGUUUCGAACAUGGAAGCGAAGCAAUUCCUGCUGCUGAGCUGCCAUUAUGAUUCGAAAUAUUUGGAGGCAAAGGAGUCUUAUGUCGCGGCUACGGAUGCUGUCUCCUGUGCCAUGCUAUUGAAUAUAGCCGAGGAGCUAAAUGACUUUUUACAUCAGGAAUUUGCCCAUAGCGCAGAUCUUGGUUUGGUACUGGCAUUCUUCGAUGGUCAUGAAUCUAUUGAUGGUGACCUAGAUCCGAGUCCGUCGUUGCUGGGCUCGAACAACUUUGUACGAGUGGAAACCAUAGCAUUAAAUAAGAUCAAUUUAGUUAUUUCAUUCAAAUUGAUUGGCACAGCAGAUCAAAUAUACAUGAGCAAAUAUCAACGUACAUACGCAUUGCACGAGCGCCUAGCAGAUAUUGAGCAGGAGUUGCGCAUUUCCGGGGAUCUCAGCAAGUGCCACCAGUUGUUUCACAAGCUCAAGGAUCAUAACAACGAUAUAAAAGAUGAUCACAUGUGCUUUUUAGAAAAGGGAUUACCAGUCAUGCAUAUAGUGCCCUAUACUUAUCCAGAGGUCUGGCUUCAAGAAGCGGAUAACCUGGAUAACUUACACUGGCCGACCAUUCGAAAUAUGAACUUAAUUAUUAAGCAGUUUGUGUAUGAAUAUCUAAGUAAUAGAACGUUGAGAGCCUAUUAAAUUUUCGGAUUGGUAUU